UCCGCUGUGAAAAAUCAUGGCCGAUCAUUGAGGACAACAAAACGUCAGGAGACCAAUUGCUUUAUUUUCUAACAAAUAUAUGACGGAUUACAAUGGCAGCCAACAUUCGGAAAGAUACUUUCGUUUUAUCUGACCAAAAAAGUACAGAUACCAUGUCAGGAAUAGACAAGCAAAAUGUGAUGAGAUUACGCAUCAACAGAAUAGCUCUGGUCCAGGAGCUGAAGAUUGAUCACAUUAUUGGACCUCUCAUAGAACACAAUGUAAUAAAUAACACGGACCAGAGAAAGAUUUCACAUGGAACUACACAUGCAGACAAAGCUCGUAUACUCAUAGACUUACUGCCCUCAAAAACUAAUGUCCCUGAUUGGUACAAUAUAUUCCGUGAUGCUAUGAUGAAUCCAGAUGCUGGUCCAGAAGUAAGGAAGAGAUAUCGUUCUCUGGUGGAAUUUCUUGACAACACCGUGAUACACCGUCCAACCUCUCAAACUACAAAAUUUAGUGAGACCAUGGACAAAAGGAGAUUGCCUCAUUACAAUCCAGUACCACCCAUUAUAAAGGACAACAAGGGCAGGUCUAAGCCCCAAAAUGUCCUCAACCUUGAUGAGGAAAGACAAGGGGCACCUCCAGACCAGGAAAUGGAAAAACAGGCCAAGGAUAUGGUCCCAGAGAGAGGAGACAAAUUAACUCCCUGGAAUCAAGACAACCAGGACUCCAUGACACUCAUCAAGGGUUUUUUCCAGCAGUGGGUUCCUACUCCAGAUAACUUCAGGUCACUACUGCAGGUUCCUGAAGAGCAUUUCCAAGCUCUCCAAGGGUCAAAUCAUCCUGAUGACAAGGCACAACUAGCUUUAGAGACAAAAGCUUUAGAAAAAAUCAGAAAGUUGGAACUAGUUGCAGUACUGGGACGGAGAAAGCAGCUUCCACAAGGCUUUGAACUCUGCAUGUGUGAUGUUGUACAUGAGAUUUUAUUUGACUCGGAAAACUACCACCUUUAUUUCAAAUAUUUUAGGAACCUACAAGAAUCUGAAGUGCAUUUGCUCAGUGACAUUGUGGAUUCUUAUUCUUCUAUAAUGCAAGCACUGGAUCCGUCGAAAUCAACAGAUGACACGAAACAGGCGAUCAAACUAGGUUUCCAUUUGAUAGACUUUCUUGCUGAGUUUGGAUACUUCAAGGAAGCAGAGCUCAUCAUGGCUGUUCUGCUAGUUGUUCUCAACCAGACGGACAACAUGGAAACUUGGAUGACCAAGUACAAAGGUUUUGUGAAGCUCAUGCGAUUACGGAACAUGAAUUACGAUUUCAGUGGAGCGUACAAUGCCUACUCCAUGGCGACUGAGAUGACGUGGAAAAUCGACAUGAUGUCAUUUGGAAAGGACCUAGUACCAAAGGCAGAGCUUUAUAACGAAGUCUGUCAGAUGAUGUUGGAGCGUGGAUCUAUAAAUGGUGCCUUUGGUUGGGCACAGAAGGCCUUAAAGGAGGUUCAGGAGACUGACUCUGUCAAUGUGAUCAACAUCCUUUGUACAGCAGUGAUCUCCUACUGCUCCAAGUGGCAGGUGAAGAGAGCCGAAACGUUGGCUAUACAUGCUGUUCAACAGGCCAGAUCCAUGUUUGGACCCAGACAUCCUUUGUACCUGAAGGCACUCCUUGCUUUCUGUCACUUCUCAAAUGAGUUUAAACAGGACCAGGCUGGUCUAGAUGUUGCUAUGCAUGCACUAGAGGUGGCCCAGAAGAUCUAUGGCUGUGACAUGAUCAUGACCGCCCUCGCUCACCGUGCCGUGUGUAAGGCCAUGCUUGUCCUACAGAAGUUUGAUGAAUUCAACUAUGAUGAACAUGCUAAUGAGGGUCUGAGGAAGGCAAGGAUUCUACUGCGGGAUAAUCACCCUAUGUUGUACCUCUUCCUCCAUACAGCAGCCACAUCUCUCCAGUGGAAAGCCCUUCAUUCCUCAAAGGAUAUGAUGAAUGCGACCUUGACAUUAGCCGAGACGGAGGCCAAGAUUGCCAUCGAUAUAGUUGAGGAGUACUAUGGUAGCAUCAGUGUGAGAUCUGCCCAGAUGUAUUCUCUACUUGGACAGAUCUACUCCAAGAUGGACAGACUACAGGAUGCUGAGAAGAUGCUGUACAAGAGUGCUAUGAGCUUCAAGUUGUGCCUCAGUCCUAACAGCAACUUCAGACUUCUGGCAAUGGCUACCCUCGGUACUUUCUACAAGAUCUUUGACAAGCCAAAGGAAGCUAUCCUCAUGUUCAAUGAUGUCAUCACCAAUUUAGAACCUUGUGGAGUAUAUUUGAAGUGGGUUCAUGUAUGCUUUGAGCACCUGGUGAGCACACUUCAGUCCAUCAGCCUUAACAAGGAGGCUGACGAGGUUCAGAUAAAGCUGUCGCAGUGGUUACGCGACCACCCUGUAUACGACCGUGUGAUUACUGUGGAAGAUCUGCAGGAGAAAGCACAACCUUUUCAUCGAUUCCAGGAAGAUUUCAACAUUUGGGAGAAACGCACCAAGAAGCUUCUGGAUGCAGUGUUGAAAAAAAACGAUUGAACAAAAAGUCUCAGGAAACUUUUUAACUGCCUGUGAUAAAUCAUCUCUUAUAUAAAAAGAUUUUUUUAUCAGCCAAAUAUAUAUAGAAUAUUUUUUCUAGUAAGAAAAGAUAUUUACUGUCUGGAAUUUACUGUACAUAAUGUUCUGUUUUGUGGUAAUUAUUUUGUUUUAAGAAAUUCUCAAAAUUAAAAAAAAAAUUCUUAAAAAAAUAAAAAUCCAUACUAAGUGUCAAGCAUGUAGUUUUAUAUAAACUGACAAAACCUGAUAUUCUUUCAAAUGUAUUAUGAUCAUCAGAUCAGAUUGGAACUUAGUGAAAUAUAAUUUUCCACUGCCGUUUUGGAGCUGAAAGUGUCAAAUGAAACCACAUGUACUGUAUACUUACAUCUGUGAUUCGUGUUGAAGUUUAUUGUAGGACAUUACCGAACUUUGGGUCUCAAACGAGUGUUUAUGAGUAUGUACGAUGUGGAUCAACGCUACAUGUACAGACAGUUAUGGGUUUUGUAGGUCGUUACGCAGGUGUGAUGCCUGUGUGGGAUAAAAUCAUUAAAAGCUAUAUACAAUAUAGAUGUAUGAACUAGUAAGCACAUCUAUCCCUUAUAAAUGCACCACUACCUGUUUCUCUGGUAUAUAGUUGAAUUAUGUAAGGAAUGGCAUGAUCAUUAUCAAGCUGUGUGACAAUUACCAGAUAGAAAAAUGAAAAAAUAAAUCCAUAUAUUUUUUAAAUGAAAAUAUGUGAAAGUGUAAAAUGUGGUUGAUGUAAUUAUUAAGAAAUUGUAUUGUUUGAAAAAUAAUUGUAUGUUGUUAAAGAAAAGCCUAAGCAUUUAAAAUGUUUUUUUUUUCUUCACUUGUUUAACAGCAUAUGUAUUGUCCAUUGUAAAAAAAAUAACCUUUGAAAUGCAUUCAUUUGAAAUUCAGCAGAAUUAAUAGUUUAUAACAUAAGAUUUAUAAGAUUACAAUCACAAAAUUCUCGUACCUAUUUACUUUACACUAACAAUGUAUGUGAUAACAUGUAAGUAAAACUCUUGGUAUUUUUAUAUGAAUGUAUAUUAUAUAUUGUCUGUGUUAUUUGUUUGACAUUCUUUUGUUUAAGUGUAUAUUUUCUUGAAUAUAUUGCUAACUUUUUACCUUUACAUGUAUAUGCGUACAAUGUCCAUUUAUAUGCCUCUUAUACAUCAAAUGUCCAGAAAUUUCGUCUUUAUUUUUAUAAAAUAUUUUACCAUCACACAUUUUUGUUGCCCAUGUUCUCUCCCUACUUUUAGAUUUCUUUAUGCAAAAUCGAAAUUUUCAUUUUACUUAAUUUACAUAUUUGUGUGUGAAAUUUUAAUGUGUCUUUGUUCUUGUUUGAAAGCACAAUAUUAUGUUGUUGAGUUUGUCUCUUUACAACACAUUUUCCCCCCAUGUAAAAGUGUCACCACAAUAGAUAGGUUAAGAACUGCAUGAUAGAUAAUCUUUCAGCUAAAAUAUUUAUACAACAUGUUACUAAAUUGUCUUUUUUUAUUGUUGUCAGCAUUAUCAAAUCUCAAAAACCUGACCCUUUUAGAGUAGUAUGUAUUUCCUUAAACAUGGAUUAAAAUUAAGUUUCGCAUCAGUUAUUGUGAAUAAAAAUGUGACUGAACUUUUUUUAUUUGAAAGGUAUGAUAGUGAACUGCAGAAAUUCAAACUUUACAGAAAAGCUAAAAAAAAAAAAAAAAAAAAAUACUGGUCUACC